AUGGACUUUGACCCAUCGUGGAGUGUUGAAGGGCUUGAGCGGUACCACUUUGGAUGGGAGCGCAGUGUGAACUCUGAAGAGCGCACCGCAGAAGAAGACGAAUUGGACGGCCUUGGUUGGCAAACGUACGACAGCUUGGUCCAGGCCACACGAGAGGUUUGCAGGUUCACGAGUCCGACGCUGUGGCUCGUGGACCACCGCCUUCGGCGCAAGAGCACCGUCCCCGACGAAAACGCGACGGAAUGGGUCUUUGGGCGCUACGGAUCGUGGCAAAAGGAGCAGCUGGUCUUUCACGCGGAUGGCUGUAGAUACUACGCCAUGCCUGAUAAUCAUGCCCGUGAAUUUUGUGGCUACGACGACGCGGAGGAUGAUGUUACCGGUCACGACAAUGACGUCUUUCGGUUCGUGAGGAUGCUUGAAUGGGUGGGUGCUGAACAAGAGGCUGUCGAGAACAGGGACGAUGGUGAGAGGUCCGAUGACGAAACGGAGUAUUAUGCGACGAGGCCGGGAAUUUUGGUAUGUGAAAGGGAUUGA